AUGGGUUACCGGUUACUGCCUUGUGACACCACUUGCCAUGCUUGCACCCAACUGGCGAUGGCUGAUCUUCUUCGUCUCCGUGCCACAACUCAUCACUGCUGCCCACUUUGCUACUUAUUUGUACCAGAAAGUCUGCACUACCUGGCUAUCGAACGUCAAGAAAACGAGAUAGACGUUUGGCUGAAGAAAGCCGGCCGAUGUCACAAUAAUGUCGCAGAUAUCGAUCCUAGUACUGUCAUCAGUACUAGGCAGGAGGAACCAAAGUAUCCAACUUAUUCAUCGAAAUAUGGGAGCACAAAAGGUUUCUGCUCUAUAUGA